AUGAAGGAGUGUGGUUCUCUUAGUGACUUCUGUGACACCUCUUUGGAAGAUGAUGCAGUUGUGGGCCCUGACUCUCCGCUGCAGCACCUUCUCCUGUGCUGUGCUGGGAGGCCUGACACGGCUCUGCACCUGUCCAUAGAGAUGGGACCCAGAGCGGCUGCUGGGCUGCUGUGCGGGAGCUGUGUCCUUUCCAGCUUUGUUUUACCUCUCGUAGGUUCGACACAAGGAAAGGAGGACGAAAGAGGACAUCGAGUCCUGGGCUUUCUGGUCAGGGAAACAUGGGUCGGCUCUCCUCGGUGUCUGGAUUCCCGGAAGCCCCAGCUCCUUCUUGCUUAUAUCCUGUACCGUGAUAUGGUGCGAAGCGAUCUCAUUUUGCCCAAUGGUGGCACUCCAGCAGGCACUUCGAGUCCAGCCUCUUCAUCUUCCCUUCUGAAUAGACUUCAGCUUGACGAUGACAUUGAUGGUGAGACGAGAGAUCUCUUUGUCACGGUUGAUGACCCCAAGAAGCAUGUGUGUACAAUGGAGACCUACAUCACCUAUCGGAUCACCACCAAAAGUACUCGGGCGGAGUUUGACUUGCCAGAAUAUUCUGUUCGUCGAAGAUACCAGGAUUUUGACUGGUUGAGGAGCAAACUGGAAGAAUCUCAGCCCACCCAUCUCAUUCCCCCACUUCCUGAGAAGUUUGUGGUGAAAGGUGUUGUAGAUCGUUUUUCAGAAGAGUUUGUGGAGACCAGAAGAAAAGCUUUGGAUAAAUUCUUGAAAAGAAUUACAGAUCAUCCUGUGCUGUCUUUCAAUGAACAUUUUAAUGUUUUCCUUACAGCUAAGGACCUAAAUGCCUACAGGAAGCAGGGGAUAGCACUGCUGACCCGAGUGGGCGAGUCAGUCAAGCACGUCACUGGAGGCUACAAGCUGAGGAGCCGGCCUCUGGAGUUCGCAGCCAUAGGUGAAUACUUAGAUACCUUCGCGCUCAAGCUGGGAACCAUCGAUCGGAUAGCCCAGCGGAUCAUCAAAGAAGAAAUAGAGUACCUGGUAGAGCUGAGAGAGUAUGGGCCUGUGUACUCCACGUGGAGCGCUCUAGAAGGUGAGCUGGCAGAGCCCCUGGAGGGUGUGUCAGCGUGCAUCGGGAACUGCUCUACAGCCUUGGAAGAGCUGACGGAUGACAUGACGGAAGACUUCCUACCUGUGCUCAGGGAAUACAUUUUAUACUCCGACUCCAUGAAGAGUGUCCUGAAGAAGAGAGAUCAAGUUCAAGCAGAGUAUGAAGCCAAACUGGAGGCCGUGGCUCUGAGGAAGGAAGACCGACCCAAGGUGCCGGCAGAGGUGGAGAAGUGUCAGGACCGCGUGGAGUGCUUCAACGCCGACCUGAAGGCCGACAUGGAGAGGUGGCAGAACAAUAAGCGGCAGGAUUUCCGGCAGCUGCUCAUGGGCUUGGCUGACAAGAACAUCCAGUAUUAUGAGAAGUGCCUCAUGGCGUGGGAGUCGAUCAUUCCACUGCUGCAGGAGAAACAAGAGGGCAAGUAGCCUCCUUCUUGGGACAGAGGCUCUUCUACCUGCGCAGGGCAUGGCUCUCUGUACCGGGAUGCCCCUGCGGUGCCGGGGGGUUGUUGCUGUGAACAGAAGCACGUCUCCUUCGUGUACUUUCUCCCUCUCCCCUGCACCCCACAGCAGUUGUUUUCAAUUAGUAUUUAUUCCUUGGUGGAGUCUGUGAGGCUGUAAUCAUCUCUCAGAAUAAGAAGCAUGCCUCCGUGCUGUGAAGGAACCUACUACGCGGAACACUACGAAGGCUUCAAACUGAGGAACACGACAACCCAUAGCUGGCCUGCGACAUCCCGUGGGCGUUCCUUCUUUGGAAGUUGCCUGUUGUGGGAGAGAAUCCGGGUCCUGCUUUUCAAGGACAAGAAGGAGUCAUGAAGAGAUGCGCUGUGGCUUGUGGUGGUGGCAGCAGCCCUGCCCUUGACCCCUGUAGGCAUUGGCUUGGCCCAGCCUCGAAGGAGGUGUCGGGACCUCCGAGAAAGUCCUUAAUUUACAGUGGCCUGUAGCUGUGAGUGUGGCCUGCUGCUUGUUUGUGAUGAGUGACAUGUAUUUUUGUUUCUGGUUCAUGUGGAGCCAUUGAAAUCAGUGUCUGGAUGCAUCCGUGCUGGAGUGGGCAAGCCAGCGUCCUCGUCCCUGUGUGAUGCCUUGGGAAGCCGAGGGGUGUCUGUGCUCCUUGAUCAUGUUUGUGACGCCAGAGUGCAACAGAUUAGCAACUUUCUGUGGAAAAUGAAAAAAGGUGCAUUUUUUCCUCUGUAAA